AUGGUCACGGUUUCAGCUUCCACCGUGCUGCCAUGCCCCGCAGGAAAGAACCGCUUCGCGGACGGGGAUGUUGGAGAGGAUGUUCCCCGACGUCGCGUGGCAGUUGUGGAAAAACGGCCGAGGAGGUGGAUCGAAGAGACGAAUCCCAGGGCGUAA